AUGGCGUAUCACACGCUGCACUACAUAGGUCCAACGCCAGGUGCAAGCCAGUUGGAGUCCGGAAUAAGUGGGGGCGGUAUUUAUGUGGAUAGAGUUGUACAGGAGAGUGCAGUAGAUGGGUUGGUUCAAGAUCAAUUGCCAGACGACGCUAUUUUAUUGUGUCUUGGCACUAAUCAUGCUGCUCUAAAGAAUGAACUGGUUGACAAGAUGAAGUCGCCCAGCUGUCUGGUCGAGAUUUUGCUACCACUCCUUGUUUCAACAAUUGGAUCAAAAUCACCAGCAACCUUUGUUCAGGCUGGAAUAGAGCGUGUGCGCGAGGGUCCGGAUUCCCCAAUGGCGUUUAUUUCAGGGGCAGACGAAUGGAUGCGCCAGUAUUCAGCAAGGAUGGUUGCCAUGUUGCCCGGGAGUGUUCGCCAUGAGAUGCUUUCAUUUCGUGUCGAUACUGAGUAUGAAAGCAUUUUCACGGUGAGAAACAAGAUCGAACCCGUCUGCUCCGAGUUGAAAAAGAUUAUUCAUUUCACAUGGAAGGCUUUUGGUUUGAUCCAUGGAUUUGUUGAUGAACGGGCACCACUACAAGUCCCAAAGUAUCUGUACAUGUUGAGUUUGCAGAAUGGAGAAAAUCUCAUUGACGGUUCCCCCGAACUACUACAAUACACGUCAUUUCGUUUCUUUGAAUCAUCAGAAUCUUUGAAGGGUGCAUAUGCCAUUGGCAGCACUUUGGCAACAAUUCUUUACAUCUGCCGUCUGGGCAGUCUUGGGGAGGCUUUCAGGUGUAAUGGGAAUAAUUAUAUUGGUCGACAGCUGGCUCUCUGCAAGGAGGUACAACAAGGACGGGUCAUCCAGACUCUGUCGCCGCUCAUAAGGCAGGUUCGAGAAUACGAGAAACAGAGGAAGAAUGGCAGAUCAGGGGACUAUGUGUCACAGAAUGGAGACGUGGUGGUAUCUGGUAGCAGGUACCCAAAGGCUUUAUGGUCACAGCUUAUUCCAAAGAUCAGGGAUAGGUUUCAGACUCUCUUCUGCAAGAUUCUUGGAGCAAACGGGAACACACUUGUGUCAGCUCUAUUGGAUCCAUCCUUCAGUCUGAAAACAAGUUUUGGGAGCCAAUGGUACCACCAUAGGGUCUUUUACGAAAAAGAAAGGGGUAGGGAUAGGUAA